AUGCAGGGAACAGUGUUUAAAGCUCUGCUGAGAUCCUGUGAAGAGAAUGAUGAGGAAGGGCAAAAGGAAAUUGGAAAGAAACACAAGAAAAAAGAAUCUGGAAGAGUGAUUGAUGAGAUAAUUGAUAAAUUCCAUUGCAUGAACAUUGUCAAGCGUGAAGCAAAUCAGAGAGAUUGUAGCAAUGAGCAGCAUGAACUCCUUACACCCCAGAAGAGAAGUAAAGCCAGGUUCAGAAAUCAUGACGUUCCAGGAUACACUUGGUAUGCAAAAGCUCUCAAAGUGAAAUGGUUAUUCCAUGAAGGGCUCCACAGGGAAAAGCAUGGUCUUUGGAGGCAAGAGCAGAAGAGCAGAGCAGCCAAGAUAGAGAAACAGCUCAAAGCACGAAGGGAACUCGAGGCACUGAUUGAGGAACAGUUGAACAGGUUCCAUGCACAUUACAACCAGGCUAUGGUCCCAAGUCAUCUGGAGGAUGUGUCAAAGCUCCUUAGGCCGCAAUGGGCGGCUCCACAAGAGUUGGCCUCACUUUUCUGGCUUGGUGACUGGAGACCUUCUGCUAUUCUGGAACUCUUGCAUGGCCUGGCUCCUUUGUCUUUCUUAUCAGACUCGACUGCAAGUGCUAUGCAGCCAGCCAUAUCUCAGUUUAUCCACGAGAUGCGCAUCGAGGAGGCAGUAAUUGAUGAGGAAAUGGCAGAGAUUCAAGCUACCUGUGUUCUCUACCUUCCCUUUGCUCCAGUGAACAGCAGCAAAUCAGGGGGUUCUGCCUCCCAUGGUAUUCAAUCCGAGUUCCUGAAGAUUGCUCGGGUCAUCACCAAGGCUCAAAAGCUCAGGUUCAAGGCAUUAGAGCUGGUGGUCAAGAAGCUAUUGAACCAAACUGAAGCAGCAGAAUUCCUGGUGGCCUUCUCAGGAAUUCAAGAUGCGAUCCACCAGUUUGCUGAGGAAAAGAGGUUGCGGAAAGGACCGGUCACCGUGUCUGUUAAGUCUCAUGAUGUAACCGAGACAUCAAAGCAGCCAAAGAUCCACAUAGAUGACAGAAUCAGUCAUUUAUUAAAGACUAGUGAUAGCUCAGAAUAUGGCCAAGGAAUUCAAUAUGCCCUCAGCGAGUUUGAAGAGCUGCAAGGGUUGCAAAAGGGGUCUGUUACUCAGUCUGCCAGGUUUCAAGAUGUAGUUGAGACUUCAAAUCAACCAAAGAUCCCCUUAGAAGACAGAACCAGUUCAUGGGACAAUUUAUCAAAGACUAGUGAUAGUUUGGAACAUGGCCAAGGAAUUCAAUAUGCCCUCUGUGAGUUCGAAGAGCAGGAAGCGUUGCGAAAGGGGCCUGUUACUCAGUCUGUCAGGUCUCAGGAUGUAGUUGAGACUUCAAAUCAGCCAAAGAUCCCCUUAGAAGACAGAAUGGGUUUAUGGGACAGUUUGUGCCAUUUGUUAGAACAAGAUAGCAGUGGAGAAAGAAUUAUAGAUGAUAUCAACGAACCGGCUGGUCUGCCUAUCGAGUCUUGGGAUGUAGUUGAAACUUCAAAGCAGCCAAUGAUCCACUCAGAAGACAGGAUCGGUUUGUGGGAGAUGUUCAGCAAGAUGGUAGGAGAUAUGAAAAGUGGCCAAGGAAUUCCACGACAACUUUAAUGCAUGUAAAACUUUGGCUGAAUAAGAAGUUGAAUUUGUCCUCGGAUUCAGGAAUUAGUGAUCAGACCAUAUAAAACUGUUUUUGUGUU